CCACUGUGGUUCCAGAGGAGAGAAGAAAAGGCGAAAGGAGCACGAACACACUCUUCACAUUCAGGAAAUGCGGCUCUGCUCGUGGACGCACAUCUGAAAUCGGCCUGAGUAGUUCUGGAAAACCCGUUCAUCAAAAUGUCCAGAGAUCCUGGUUUUUGGAUCCAGUUGGGAUUAUUGUACGUCACACUCUGCCAACGUGUAUUCGGUGUUGUUCCUCCUCCAACAAACCUCAGUGUUGUCUGUCACAACUUCAAGAAUGUCCUUUACUGGAACUACGGUAGUGCAGUCCAGCAGCCCAUGUUCACUGUAAACCUCAUUCCCUAUGAAAGUGAUUCUCAGACGCUGAAAACCUCUGAGACGCUCCUGGAUAUCAGCAGCUACAGCAGUGACACCACUGAUCAUUAUGUGGUGUUGGUGACGGCAGAUGUUGGACAGGAGAAUUCUGAAAGCCUCUCUGUUAAAUUCACUUACAGCACAGAUUAUUACGAUGGGAAAACCCACAAGUGCACUCUGGACUUUCCACCUGUGGAUGCGUCUGUGCACAAAGAUGUGAUCGAGGUUGUCUUCAAGCAUCCUUCAGCAUUUUAUACGCAGGCCAGUCUGGAGGAGGAGUUCGUAUACACCAUCACCCUUAACCAGGAAAAGUUCUCGCACUCAUGCUUUGAGGACGAGGAUGAGCUUGAGAAUUUGUGCGAAGCAAAAGUCCACGUGAACCAGUCUCUGGCCGGCCAGUGUGUGGAGCUGAAGUUUGAGGGGAAAAUCGCAUCAAUACCUGUACACACCUACAGAAAUGUGUGUGUCCCUCAGCUGGAGCCUGCCUCGGCCAAAACAGAAUUGAUUGCAGCUUUUCUCUGUGGUGGAUUCGCCUUGCUCUUCAUUGUUUCGGUCAUUCUGUGGUUCAUCUACAAAAAUUUCUCCAAAAUACCCAAAGUUCCCACUAUCCUGCGUAACAUUGUUACGAGACCGUCUUCAACACCCUAUUCCCAACCCGAGUCACCCCAUGUCUCUUCAAUGACUUCUGCAACACACAAUCCAGUACUGGUCUACAACAACGAGUCCCUCUUAGAUUUUGUGCAUGAUGAAGUCUCCAGAACCACUGAUACCCUUGUGAACACAGAAGUGGAGGAACCUGCACCUUCUGAAGAGGAAUAUGACAGCUCCGGGGGCUUCGGCAAGUCCUCGGAUUACGACAGUCCUAAAUGCCUGCUGGAGAUGAGCCCCGGAGACUUUUCAGAGGGAUACGGCCCUCGACCACCAAUACUGUAGGCCUAAACCUAUGUUUACACCAUUUUCAGAAAUUAAUCAAAAUCCUUUAUGCAUUAGACUCUGUGUUCCUCUGGUGAUGUUGUGUGGGAUUCAGAAAGCCUUGUUUUUAGCACCACCGGUGGCCAUUCGGUGAACUUCGUUUGGUAAUAAAUCAACUUCAAAUCUGAAAAGGUUGGGACAGCAUGGAAAAUCCAUUUUUCAUUUGUCCCAUUCUUCCUGCAAACAAUGUGGGCAACAGUAUGGGGUCUUUGUUGUCACACAUUCUCUAUUGGAGACAGGUCGGGACUGCAGGCAGGCCACUCAAGUACCAGUCAAGUCAAGUCAAUUUCUCUGAUUUGGGGUUGUAUAAUAAUAAUAAUAAUCUUCCUCCAUCUAUAGUCACUGUUUAGAUUGAAGCAGCUUUCACAGCAGACGCAGAAAGCACUGCGCUAUGAAAUGCAGUCAUUUCAAUUGUUCGCACCACACGAGGGCAGUUUGACAAUGCGCUGACUUAAACGCAGGAGCUUUUUAUGUAUGUUUCAUCACUUUUGUUAGUCUAAUGGAAUAUAAAAAUCAGAAAGCCUUGUUUUAGCACCACCAAUGGCCAUUCAGUGAACUGCAGCAGCAUCACACUCAUGCAUAUAUGACGUGAAUGUAAUUCAAUGUCCUCAUAUUCUCACGCUAAAGAGCUUUUUUGUGUGAUAUAGAAAUAUUAGUUGUAAUUAGUGAUUUAGAAAUAACAUGUGAAUAGCUUUGCAGUGAUAACAAACAUCCAGAUGCGUCCACAAAUCUUAAAAUGACGUUUAGAUGAAUGUGUAAAUAUGUGCUGCUCUUUUUACUCUGUUACACAAAAGGGUUGUGUUGAUAAAUAAUGCAAUGCAGACAUGACAAUGUUGAAUCGGUACUAUGAUUCACCGCCACAUCAACAAUUAACCCACGAAAACACAAUCAUGUCCACUUUUACCACACCCAGAGGUAGUAGAAAACACUUUUAUUUUGGAUUUCUGUUAGAGAUACUAGGAAUACACCAAAAGUCAUUUUUAAAGAGAAUAACGACUCAAAAUAUGAGCUGAAAUAAAGGGAAUAAUAGAAUAAGAAUAAUACUGAAGCACUGUGAUGAUGGACUGACGGAGGAAUGAGGCUAUCAGCACAACAACAUUUCACAUCUGCAACAAUGGAAAGCUGCAAACCAACAUUAGUGAUGCAAAGACCCUCACACACACAUUUAUAUCUGAUCAGCAUCUGGCAGAAACUAAACCACAUCAGUAUGCUGGAGUCCAUUCACUAAAUGCAUUACAGCAGGGGUCACCAAUCUCAGUCCUGGAGGGUUGGUGUCCCUGCAGGGUUUAGCUCCAGCUUGCCUCAACACACCUGCCUGGAUGUUUCAAGUAUACCUAGUAAGACCUUGAUUAGCUUAUUCAGGUGUGUUUGAUUAGGGUUGGAGCUAAAAUCUGCAGGACACCGGCCCUCCGGGAACAAGUUUGGUGACCCCUGCAUUACGAAUCGAAUGAAAGUUAAUUUUACUCAGUGGUGCUCAUUUGUUUUUUUUAUACACAUUUUUUAAUUUAUGCGCAUAUUGCUGUUCUCAUUAAACAUUUUCUUGUGCAAUAUUCCAAAAUGCACAUAAAAAUAGGUGGAUGGAAACCAACCCAGGCUCAUUCUGAAAACGUAUCGCUAUAAACAUUUCUGGAGAGUGACAGAUACGUCCCAGGAGGUACGUUUUAUUGCAGUUUUGUUUUUGCGAAUCCACUAGAGGCCACUGUGUACGCGUUCAGAUCUCAAAUUUCUCUCGCGAGUGCCAUUCGAGUGCCUCUGGUGGAAUUCGUUCUCACGUAAAUCCACCAGAGUCUGCAGUCAAACUGACUGACCCACGCUCCGCCUUCCCUAAACCCAACCGAUAGUGUUUUCUAAAACAAUCCAGAAAAAGUAAAGCCCUUGCCUGGUUUUUACCACGUUUUCAGAUUUUACCACAUUCUCACCCUGUUUGUUACUUGUUUAUUUAUUUUUUUGGCUUUUGUCUUACCUGCUUUCUGGAACCGUUCUUCACCAGACUCGAACACCAUCGUCCUGGUCAACUCCUUACUGUGUCUCAAGUUUGGGGUAAGCGGUCAUCUGAUAAGCGUGAAAAGGAAUGGUGUCACACCGCCCCAUAACAUUCGUUUUAAAGAUAAAAUGCAGCCAUACGUACCUCUGGCUACAUAAUUCACAAUCUCCAGAAAUGUACAUAGGGCUACGUUUUCAGAAUGAGCCUGUGUUUAUGGAAACAUCUAGUCAUAGAUGUUAGUAUUAUUCUUAAUUUUGUUGUGAUGUUUGAGUCGAAUUAUCUGCCAACUUGAAAAUUGUAUAUUAUUUGGUGGCUGUUUCUGAAUUAUAACAUCAGUGUGUGUGUAUAUACAUUUGUUAAGUGUUAUUCAUAUGUCUAAUAUAAAUGAGAUCAUACAGCGUAAAUACAACAUACUGCAUUUCUCUAAACUCCUCUGCGCAAAGAUUAAGGCCGAUGCUGUAUGACAUUUGAGUUCUACUUUUUUUUAACUUGAGCACUUAUGAGAACCUUUCUAUUUUUUAUAUGAAAUGCUUUUAAUAUUAAAGCUUUAUGCCACGGUAACAAAAGCUAAUUAGCACUUAAUCAAUAUUUAGCACCAAUCAAUAAUAUGUGACCCUGAACUACAAAGCAAGUUUUAUUUUGCACACGCAAUAGCCAAAGAUACAUUCUAUUAGUCAGAAUUAUAGAUGUCAAAAAUCAUUAGUAUAUUAAGUUAAUUUAUAAACUAAUUUGGAGAGGAUCACGUGCUUAUGAUUGCUUGCGGCUGGUCCUGCAUUAUCCAAUUUAUGAUUCACCAAUCAGACGAUUCCUAAAUCAUUAUAAAUACCCUCAGUUCCAUAUAACAGCCAUCUUCGUUUUAAAGAAUCCCCGCUUCCACCCCUGCUCCUCCUUCUUAAAUGGGUGGCACGGUGGCCCAGUGGUUAGCACUGUUGCCUCACUGCAAGAACGUCGCUGGUUCUAGUCCUUACCAAGCCAGCUGACAUUUCUGUGUGGAGUUUACACGUUCUCCCCGUGCUCACGUGGCUCACAGCUAAGUGUGAACUCUUGAAAGUAUUGAGUCUGCCACUAUGCUGACACACUGGUAAUUUAGCUCCGCCCUCUUUUGAAAAGAACACAAUCUCAUUUGAAUUUAAAGCGACAGUCACCAAAAUGCCACACAAUUAGGAUCAAAGCCUAAAAGGGUCAGUUUCAGAGAGUUAGAACACAUUUGGGGCUCUAUUUUAACGAUCUAGGUGCAAAGUCUAAAGCACAUGGCACAAAAUCAUUAAGAGCGUGUCUGAAUCCCCUUUUGCUAUUUUAAGGGCGAUAAAAUGCGCUCUGCGCCGCGGCGCGUGGUCUAACAGGGUUGUGCUUAUUCUCUUAAUGAGUUCUGGGUGUGUUUUGAGCACAACAUACAUUAAACCAAUUAGAGUCUCAUCAUUCAUUCAAUUUAGGAGUCUGUUGUGUUGCACCAUGGUGUAUUUGCUAUUCACAUGGUGGACUUUGUAAGUGUAAAAACUGAAUGCUUCACUAGUUAACAGUUAAACAGAGCAUCUGCAGCGCGAGGAUAAAGAACGAGUCUCCUCCAUUCAGCCUCUUUACUUUCUCUUUACUCUUUACUCCUUUACUUUGGUGGAAUGAGGAAACGGUAAAGACUCACUCCAUUGAACACAUCCAUUAGCCUACAUAUUUAAUUUCCUUUGUUAAGCGCAAAGAUUUAUGUCAAAACUAUUUCUAAAUUCAGUUCUAAACUCCAGCAAAGGAAUAAAUGAACAAUAAUAUUGGAGUGUACAUCCUGUGUGAAGUGUUUGGACCUGCACCGGUGCAUAACUAACGCGCUCUACUCUGGACUUCAGAGCAGCUUUAAGUUGGUCAAUGGCGCGGUCUACUUCAGUUUCUCAGAAUAGCAACGUGUCAACAAUGCGCCUUAACAAACCUCCUUUAGAGACCAGCACACCCAUGAGUCCACAAAUUGGCGCAAAUGGAUUUGCUAUUGAAACAACGUAACACAAAACAUGAAAAUUACAGUUGCGCUGGUCUGAAAAUCGCAACAAAUCACGCCAAACACGCAUUGCACCUUAUUGCACCAAGUGUAUGAUUGAGUCUUAUAUGUGGAGUAUUUUGAGCUGACACUUGACACACACACACUCAGGGACAUCACAGACUUAUUUUACAUCUUGUGUAAAAGGAGCAUAAUACGUCCCCUUUAAAGGAAAGCCUAUUUGUUAAUAGAUCUGAUUACAAAAGUCGACACUUAAGACUGUUUUGUGGUUCAGGGUCACAUGUAAAAAUCUCUCCACUGACCGUAUAAGGUGACAUGGAAAAUAAACUGAUUUAGCUUGCAUUGCAGAAGUGACAGUGCCAGCACUUACUAACCAAACCAAGUAUUCUCAUUGACAUCCAUUUCGGACAAACUUUUGGUAUGCCAGUUCAAUUGUGCUUGUAUUAAAUAGCAUUUAUAUGUCUAUUGUUUAUUUAAUAGACACAUUUUGUUUUAAUUUUAUGUUUGUAUAUGAUGUUUGGUGUCCAUAAAGAGUUUUAUAUUAAGUUGUAAGAUUUAAAUUUCAAUAAAUCCUUUGUUUUGCUGCUGCUUUAA